AUGUCGGACAAGGCUUUGCGCGCUGGUGAGGAUGGCACGGAGAUCCGUAAUGCGCUUCGCAGCCUACAGCAAGAGCUGCGAGUCAUUCACAUCCUGUAUCACAGGAACAAGAACCAGCACCGCGUAGCUACAUGGUGGAAGCAGCUCAAUUCGCUUAAGCGCAGUGUGAGUCAGGUGGUUACAGUGACUAGUAAGCCGGUGCGCACAGAGGCAGAUCUGGAGGCGCUGGCAGGGUUGUUGCGGCGGUUUGCGGUGCGGCAGGCGCCGGCGAUGUACUACGAGUUUAACGGCGUGAUUGCGCUAGGACAAUUCGUGACGCUGGGAGUGGUGCUGGUGGCAGCGCUUGCGCGCGUUUGGGCACUGUACGGGCAGCUGCGUGAGGCUCUCGGGCUACUGCCAGUGCGGGCGGCACAGGCGGAGCGCGAGUGCGACGUUGCACCUACUGAAGAGAUCGGUGAAGAGGUGGCUGUGGCGGUGGCGGCGUCGCCGCCCGGCGCAGCCGCGCUGCCUGGCGGCAAGCGAAUCAAGAAGAAAAGCAAGAGCAAACGUUCUGCGAUCGACGACAUUUUCGGCUGA